GCUCGCGGUCGGUGUCCUCAGACCCAAGUGAAGCGAGCAACGUUGGUGCAGCGGUCUGGUCGGCGCCAUGUCGUUCUGCAGCUUCUCUGGGGGCGAGGUUUUCCAGAAGCACUUUGAUCCGGGUGUCUACGUGUGCGCCAAGUGUGGCUACGAGCUCUUCUCCAGCCGCUCAAAGUAUGCGCACUCAUCCCCAUGGCCAGCCUUCACGGAGACUAUCCAUGCUGACAGUGUGGCCAAGCGCCCAGAGCACAACCGGCCUGAAGCCUUAAAGACAAAGAAACUUCUGCCUCCCAGGGGAAGUAGGUGGGCAGCCCUCAGCCACCCCAGAUGGCCACUGCAAGGUGGCCACUCUCUGGCCACCCUUACUUGGAAUCGAAGCCUUGGACAUUCAAACAGGGAAGGGGGUGGCUGAAACAUCAGGAAGGCUCCCAAGGCCUUGACUCUGCACUGGUUCUCCUUCGGAAAAGUACUGGUUUGCCACCUAUGGCCCAUAUCCUGCUGCCGGGAUGGGCCUGCAGGGCCCGGUGUCAGCUCCUCUUGGCCUCAGGGAGGUGGGUUCUAGGCUUGGCUCAUCUGUGAAUGACACGGCACCCCACCUUUACUUCUUCUCAGCCCACUGCCCCUUCCUGCCCGUGGGGCCCAAAUCUGAGAUGGACUCUGGCCUUCACCAAGGCUGGUGCCCGUCUCCUGAAGCCGUGCCAGGGACAAAGGCGGCCCCAGCCAGCUGCUCCAGCCUCAGUCACUGCAUGAUUCACUCUGGUUAAACCCUUCCAGGCAGCCAGAGCGUUGAAGAUCUGUGACCUGUGGUGGGAGUGGGAUGAGGGGACAGACCUUUGGUCUCCCAGAUACAGGAGGAGAAAUUCUGAACCGUGUUUCACAAUCUGUGUGGCUGUUGCUUGCCUCACUUGGGCUGAGGAAAGCAUGUAUUGCUCCAUUACCUUGACUGCCCAAAGUUGGGGGUCCUGGAGCUCACAGCCUACAGUCCACACAUUUCCAGGGCACAGUGGCCACGCUUCAUUGCACAUGCACUGAAGUUCUUGCCAUCUGGGAGGGUGGGUGAUGCUGAAACCCUCCUUCCCAUCUUGAAUUCUCUCUGGAACCAUUAGGGGAUGAAUAAACAAAUGAAACCCA